CGGUCCAAUAUGGCUGAGCUGUUGCUGCUGCCGCCGCCGUUGCCAGCGCUGCCUCUUUUUGCAGGACAGGGGGAGUUGAAGGGAGGAUGCUGAACUACUCCGGAGCAGCAGCGGGAGUGGUAGGUGGAGCGAGGUUAGCGAGGACGAAGCCGGCCUCUGCUCGGCUAUGGCCCGCCUGGCAGAUUAUUUCAUUGUGGUGGGCUACGACCAUGAGAAGACAGGCUCAGCAGAUGGUUUGGGGAAAAUAAUACAGAGAUUUCCCUUAGAGGAUUUGGAUGAUACUCCUUUUCCACAGGGAAUAGAGUUGUUUUGUCAACCCGGAGGAUGGCAUUUAUCCAGAGAAAGGAAGCAGCCUACAUUUUUUGUGGUGGUUUUGACAGAUAUAAACUCUGAACGACACUAUUGUUCUUGCCUAACAUUCUAUGAAGCAGAGAUCGAUUUGCAGGGGUCAAGAGUAACUGAAGGUGAGCAGGAAUCUGGGUUGAUUCAGCCUGCAGAAGUAUUUGCUCCCAAAAGCCUAGUAUUGGUGUCCAGGUUGGAUUAUCCAGAAAUAUUCAGGGCUUGCCUUGGCUUAGUGUACACUGUGUAUGUGGACAAUCUGAAUGUCUCAUUGGAAACUCUCAUUGCAAAUCUCUGUUCAUGCUUUGUUCCUGCUGCUGGAGGGUCACAGAAACUGUUUUCCCUAGGAGCAGGAGAUAGGCAACUGAUACAAACUCCUUUACAUGAUAGCCUUCCAGUAACAGGAACUAGUGUGGCUCUUUUAUUUCAACAAUUAGGAAUUCAAAAUGUCCUGAAUCUAUUCUGUGCAGUUCUUACAGAAAACAAAGUCCUUUUUCAUUCUGCUAGUUUCCAAAGACUAAGUGAUGCCUGUAGAGCAUUAGAAUCCUUAAUGUUUCCUCUCAAAUACAGUUACCCAUACAUUCCAAUUUUACCUGCACAACUCUUGGAGGUUCUAAGUUCACCAACACCUUUUAUUAUUGGCGUACAUUCUAUCUUCCGUAAUGAUAUUCAUGAACUUUUAGAUGUAAUCAUAGCAGACCUAGAUGGUGGUACAAUUAAAAUUCCUGAAUGUAUUCACCUCUCCCAGCUUCCAGAACCACUGCUUCAGCAGACUCAAACUUCUCUAUCUCUAGUUUUAUAUCCAGAUUUGGCAACAGCAGAUUAUGCAUUUCCUCCACCUCGAACCGCUCUGUCACAUUCCAGAAUGUUGGAUAAAGAGGUGCGAGGAGUCUUUCUUAGAUUAUUUGCACAACUUUUCCAAGGAUAUAGAUCUUGUCUUCAGCUAAUCAGGAUUCAUUCAGAACCUGUGAUAAACUUUCAUAAGGCAGCCUUCUUAAGCCAACGGGGCUUAAUUGAAAAUGAUUUCCUUACCAAAAUUCUGAAUGGAAUGGCAUUUGCAGGUUUUGUGUCAGAGAGAGGUCCUCCAUAUAGAUCCUGCGAUCUCUUUGAUGAGCUGGUAGCAUUUGAAGUAGAGCGAAUUAAAUCUGAGGAGAGCAAUUCAUUAAAAGUGUUAAAACAUAUCCGAGAACUCGCAGAGCAGCUAUUGAAAAAUGAGAAUCCAAAUCCUCAUAUGACAUUCCAAAAAGUUCCACGACCUACAGAAGGAUCUCAUCUACGAGUUCAUGUACUUCCUUUCCCCAGGAUUAAUGAAAGUCAGGUUCAGGAUCUAAUUCAGGAAAAUUUGAUUAAAAGCCAAAGUGCGCCAUCUGCUUCUCGCAUUGAAAGGAAAUGUGUGGUUCCUGCUGGCCCACCUGUUGUUUCCAUAGUAGAAAAGUCAAGCACAGUUUUUAACAGUGCACAAAGACUGGAAGUUGUUAGAAACUGCAUCUCUUUUAUAUUUGAAAAUAAACUUUUGGAGACUGAAAAGACCUUGCCUGCUGCACUGAGAGCCCUCAAAGGAAAAGCAGCUCGCCAAUGUUUGACUCAGGAAUUAAGCCUCCACGUUCAGCAAAAUCGUGCAAUUCUGGAUCAUCAGCAGUUUGAUUACAUAAUACGAAUGAUGAACUGUACUUUGCAGGAUUGUUCAUCUUCAGAAGAAUAUAACAUUGCUGCAAUAUUAUUGCCACUGACAACUGCUUUUUAUAGGAAAUUAGCUCCCGGAGUCAAUCAAUUUGCGUAUACCUGUGUCCAAGACCACCCAAUAUGGGCUAACCAGCAGUUCUGGGAAACAACCUUUUAUAGUGAUGUGGAAAAUCAGAUUCGCUCUCUGUAUCUUUCAACUAAAGAAGACAAUCAUCCACAACACUUAAAGCAAAAAGAGAAAUUUUCUGAAGACCAUGGGCAAGAAAAAACUGCCAUGGACUUGGCAGCUGAGCAGUUACGUUUGUGGCCAACACUUAGUAAAGAGACUCAACAGCAGCUGGUACAAAGUGAAGAAAGCAUGGUCUUCAGCCAAGCAAUUCACUUUGCCAACCUUAUGGUAUAUCUGUUAGUGCCAUUGGACACCAGUAAAAACAAACUGCUAAGAAUGUCAGCUACAGGAGACUGGGAGAGUGGAAGCAAUAGCAUUGUCACAAAUAGCAUUGCAGGCAGUGUUGCAGAGAGCUAUGAUACUGAAAGUGGUUUUGAAGAUUCUGAAAAUAAUGAUGUUGCCAAUGCUGUGGUGCGCUUCAUUACCAGAUUCAUAGACAAAGUUUGUACUGAAAGUGGAGUUACACAGGAUCACAUCCGAAGUCUUCAUUGCAUGAUACCAGGAAUUGUAGCCAUGCACAUUGAGACUCUGGAGGCUGUCCAUCGAGAAAGUAGAAGGUUGCCACCAAUACAGAAGCCCAAGAUUCUACGACCAGAUUUGCUACCAGGGGAAGAGUUUGUGUGUGAAGGUCUCCGUGUGCUCCUGGAUCCUGAUGGCAGAGAAGAGGCAACUGGAGGUUUGCUUGGAGGCCCUCAUAUUCUUCCUGCAGAAGGAGCUUUGUUCCUUACUACAUACAGAGUUAUAUUUAAAGGCACCCCUCAUGAUCAACUAGUUGGAGAACAAACAGUUAUUCGAAGCUUCCCCAUUGCUUCAGUAACAAAGGAGAAGAAAAUUACCAUCCAAAAUCAACUUCAGCAAAGUAUGCAAGAAGGGCUGCAGAUCACCUCAGCUACCUUUCAGCUGAUCAAGGUAGCUUUUGAUGAGGAAGUGAGCCCUGAGGUUGUAGAGAUAUUUAAGAAACAGCUGAUGAAGUUUCGCUAUCCUCAGUCCAUCUUCAGCACUUUUGCUUUUGCAGCUGGCCAAACAGCACCUCAGAUUAUCUUGCCAAAACAAAAGGAGAAAAACACUUCCUUUCGCACUCUUUCAAAAACAAUUGUAAAAGGAGCAAAACGUGCGGGGAAAAUGACAAUUGGCCGGCAACACUUACUAAAAAAAAAGACAGGAACAAUCAUAGAGGAAAGGACAAAUCGUCCUGGAUUGAAUGAAGAAGAUGAUGUCUCAGUUUCAGAUGACAGUGAAAUGCACACAAGCAGUACUUUGAAAGCAUCAGAAAAAUCAACAAUGGAGCAGCUAGUGGAAAGAGCUUGUUUUAGAGAUUAUCAACGUUUGGGGUUAGGAACCAUCAGUAACAGUUCUUCACGUUCAAAAACAGAAUACUUUCGAAUAACAGCUUUAAACAGGAUGUAUUCCCUUUGCAGAAGUUACCCAGGACUGUUAGUGGUACCCCAGUGCGUACAGGACAGCAGCCUGCAAAGAGUAGCUCGCUGCUAUCGGCACAAUCGCUUGCCAGUAGUGUGUUGGAAAAACUCAAAAGCAAGUACAUUCCUGUUUCGAGCUGGUGGUUUCCAUGGGAAAGGAGUUGUUGGCCUUUUCAAAUCACAAAAUACACAAUCCUCAGCUCCUACAUCACUUGAAUCAUCAAGCAGCAUAGAACAAGAAAAAUACCUUCAAGCCUUACUGAAUGCGAUUUCUGUCCAUUGCAAAUUGAAUGGCAACAAUACUCUUACAAUCAGACCAGCAAUUGCUUUAUCUCCAGGCACUGAAAGGAGGGCUUCAAGAAUGUCUACUGUGUUUAAGCAGGUAGUGCCAGGACAUUUGGAUGUAAAUCUGUCCAAUAGCUUUGCUCGAGGAGGUGUGUGGGCCAGUCUUCGUUCUAGUGGUCGAUUUAUCAGCACUCAGAUGCCAUUCCUUGAUGUGGGUGCAAGAUUAGCUGGAAAAGAUGGUUCACCUUCAUAUUCCAGCAGCAGUGCCUAUUUGCAGAACCGACUCCUCAAGCGACAAGCUGCUCUUUACAUAUUUGGAGAAAAAUCUCAACUCAGAGGCUUCAAACUUGAUUUUGCUUUAAAUUGUGAAUUUGUUCCAGUUGAAUUCAGUGACAUCCGGCAAGUGAAAACUAGUUUUAAAAGACUCAUGAGUGCUUGUGUUCCUAGCAAUAUUCCAGCAGAUUCUGAAAUAACAUUCCUUAAAGCUCUUGGAGAGUCUGAAUGGUUCCCUCAGCUUCACAGAAUAAUACAGUUGGGUGUUGUCAUAUCAGAGCUACUUGAAAAUGGUUCUUCAGUUUUAGUUUGUCUGGAAGAUGGCUGGGACAUCACAGUGCAGGUGGUGUCUCUUGUGCAAUUACUCAGUGAUCCAUUCUAUCGAACACUUGAAGGAUUCCGAAUGCUAAUAGAGAAGGAAUGGUUAUCUUUUGGUCAUAAGUUCAGCCAGCGCAGUAACUUAACUCUUAAUUGUCAAGGAAGCGGAUUUGCACCCAUUUUUCUGCAGUUCUUGGAUUGUGUGCACCAGAUUCACAACCAGUAUCCAACAGAGUUUGAAUUCAAUCAGUAUUACUUGAAGUUCUUAGCAUUUCAUUAUGUUUCCAAUCGAUUUAAAACAUUCCUGCUGGACUCAGAUUAUGAAAGACUGGAACACGGAACAUUAUUUGAAGAUAAAGGAGAAAAACAUGGCAAAAGGGGAGUUUGCAUUUGGGACUGCAUUGACAAGAUACACAAAAGAAGUCCAGUUUUCUUCAAUUAUCUCUACACACCAGUUGAAACGGAGGUAUUAAAACCAAAUGUCAGCAUUUCCUGCCUUAAGAAAUGGGAUUAUUACACAGAAGAGACUUUAGCCACAGGCCCAAGUUAUGACUGGACUAUGAUAAGUGCAAAAUGUAGUACCUUGGAUGAAACAGAUCAGAUGGAUACGACACCUUCCCACAAUAAGAGAAAAAUUGUCUGGCCAUGCUAUGAUAACUUUGCUAAAGUGCAACCUGAUGCCUUCACCAACUUAUUUAAUGAAAUUGAAAGACUGGAGAACAAAUUAAACCACAGCCCAGAAAAAUGGCAGUCACUGUGGGAAAGAGUCAAAAUAAAUGUGAAAGAAGAUUCAGGGAAAGACAAUCACCGGAGACAUCCUUCUGGCUCUUCAGCAAUGUCUGUCAACCUGAACUCUUGUCAAAAGAGGUCUAUAUUGCAUCUGCCAGACAGUGGCUUGGGUGAAGAACGAAACAGCAAUAUUUCAUCUUCCAAUGGUGUGGAAAGGAGAGUAACAACACUGUACAAUCAAUUCACACCCAAACAUGAUGAAAAUAGAUCUUUUGAAGGUACCCUUUACAAAAGAGGAGCUUUGCUUAAAGGUUGGAAACCACGUUGGUUUGUGCUAGAUGUUACAAAACACCAGCUAAGAUAUUAUGAUUCCAUGGAAGAUGCUUGUUGUAAGGGCCAUAUUGAGCUUGCAGAAGUAGAAAGUGUAAUCCCUGCUUCACCAACUAUUGGUGCUCCAAAACAUGCUAAUGAAAAAGCUUUCUUUGAUCUAAAGACAAGUAAACGAGUAUAUAAUUUUUGUGCGCAAGAUGCACAGAGUGCCUACCAGUGGAUGGACCGGAUACAGAGUUGCAUUUCAGAUGCAUAAUAAGGAAUUUAUUUUUGCUCUCAUUAU